GUUUCGCAGCUUGCAAAUCGGCCGACUUUUGCCUCCUUUGGCACAGCGGAUCGUCUUUGAGCAGAGCGCGUCGAAGAGAGACAGCCGAACUCCUCUCAGAGCCAGCCAGCGGUGGUGAAACGCCCGCGGCGAGCCGAGCCACGUGACAAGCGGACGCGGGCGGCGCCGACCGCGCGCGGCUGCCAACGCGGCGGCUCAGAAACAGCGGAGCGGCCAACGCGGCCGCUCAGCAACCGCGGGACCGGCCAAAAAAGAUGGCGACCUGGUACGGCGCGCACAUCGCCCAGGCGGCAUCAAAUGAAGGCGGCCCGGACGGCGAAGCUUUGGUCCUCGAGCUCUGGGAGCUGUUGGCGUUGAGGGGGUCCGACGUGGGGCGCUUGGGUGCCGUGGCGACGCGUUUACUCCAAAUGCCGUGGCACCAGCACCUGCGCGAGCCGCUCGAGGCCCACGGCUACGACUCCAGGACGGGCUCGUUCCCGCGCGGCCCCGCGCCGGGCCUGCUGCAGGAAUUAACAAGAAUAGGCGCAGGAGCGAACCCCAUGCCCUUCGCCGUCCCUUCAGUAAGAGGCUGCCGGCUCCAGGCGCGCCAGCGCGUGCGGACGACGGGCGCGGAGGUGACCUUGGAACACGUCCUCGCGACGAGUGACGGAAGGGGCUACGGCCUCAUCAAGAACCUGCAGACCUGCAUUUAUGGGCGGGUAAGGCACGGCGUCGAGCUUGAGAGGAUAGCACCAGAGGAACAAUCAGGAGGGCUCUUCGGCGGCAUCCAGCGGACGCUCGGCGGACAACAGCCGGUCCAGUGGCGCGCGACGGAGCGCCAGGUCGCCGUCAAGUGUAUUGAGAGAUCCAAAUACGAGCAGCACGUCGCGCGGCACCGGGGCCAAUUGAACGAGGACCCGAUCAAGGAAGUGGCCGUCAUGGAGUAUAUUGCUGGAAAGGGCGGCGCGCCGUACGUGUUACCUUUAUUGGCGACGUACGUCGACGAGCAGACGGUGUACGUUAUUUUACCUUUCUGUCCCCACGGCGACCUGUUUGGGGUUGUUGAGAGGGAUGGUGGUUUGCAGGAAGCUAAGGCUGCCACAUACAUGGGCCAGAUCGUCAAAGGAUUGGAGCACUUGCACGACAUGGGUUUAGCUCAUCAUGACAUGUCGUUGGAGAACCUCAUGGUCGACGAUGCGAAGCGAGCGAUCAUCAUCGACUUUGGGAUGGCCGUCAAGGCGGCUCCCACCUUCACGGACUUUUGGGGUGGUGGCCACGACCGACUGAGUGCUGGGAGAAGUUAUAGGGCCGUGCCUUUGGCCCCGAGGCGGGGCUGGCCCGGGCGCUGCGGCAAGUUGUUGUACAUGGCGCCCGAGCUGUUCGACUGCCGGGCGUCGUUUGACGUCUUCGCGGCGGACGUCUGGGCCCUGGGCAUCAUUCUGUUCCUAUUGCUCACGGGCAUGCCGCCCUGGGACGCGGCGACGGGGCCCGUCGCGACGGAUCUGCGCUUCGUGUAUGUCCGGGACGGGCGGCUCCGCGAUUUACUGAACACGUGGAACAUCACGUUGUCGGAGCACGCGCCGGACGUGUUGCAACGGCUGCUGACGGCGGACCCGCGGCGGCGCCUCACGAUCCCCGAGCUCAAGGCGCACCCCUGGUGGCGCCAGCACGCGCGCUUCGUAGACCAAGCGUAGUAACUUGGGUUGAAAGUUUA